AUGGAUACUGAAUAUAAGUUGUCACAUAAGGCUAAAAAACGUAUAAAGGAAGUGAAGAAAAAAGCUCGACCAGAGCUAGCAGAUAAAUACCAAUGGACAGCCUUAAAGUAUGCUUCAAAUUUUGAAGAAUUCCUAAAAUGUAAAGAUAAUGUAGAUAGGGUAGAUUCCAAUGUGACCUCACCGCAGGAAUUUAUAGACAGAUAUGAAAAGAUUUAUAAGCCAGUUGUUAUCACAAAUGUACAGACAAAUUGGCGUGCCAACCACAAGUGGACCCUGGAACGUCUAGUCAAAAAGUAUCGGAACCAAAAAUUUAAAUGCGGUGAAGACAAUGAAGGUUAUAGUGUUAAGAUGAAAAUGAAAUAUUAUGUAGAGUAUAUGAGGACCACGACUGAUGACAGUCCACUAUAUAUUUUUGAUAGCAGUUUUGGGGAGCAUCCGAGGAGAAAGAAACUUUUGGACGACUAUGAAAUACCUUUAUAUUUUCGAGACGAUCUAUUCAAGUAUUGUGGUGAAGAAAGGAGACCACCAUACCGUUGGUUUGUUAUGGGACCUCAAAGAUCUGGAACAGGGAUCCACAUAGAUCCCUUAGGCACAAGUGCAUGGAAUGCUUUAGUGUUUGGACAUAAACGAUGGUGCUUAUUCCCAACUCAGACCCCUCGAGAGUUAAUCAAAGUUACUGGAGCAAUGGGGGGAAAACAACGAGACGAAGCUAUUACGUGGUUUAAGCUGAUUUAUCCUAAAACUCAACUAGAUACAUGGCCCAAGGAAUAUGCUCCAGUAGAAAUACUUCAGAAGCCAGGUGAAACUGUAUUCGUGCCAGGUGGUUGGUGGCAUGUUGUCCUCAAUAUGGAUGACACUGUAGCAGUAACUCAAAACUUCUGUAGUCGUACCAAUUUUCCAGUUGUUUGGCAUAAGACUGUAAGAGGUCGGCCUAAGUUGUCUAAGAAAUGGAUUAAAGUUCUUGAGGCCAAAGAACCUGAUUUAUAUAAAAUAGCCAGUGGGAUGGAUCUAAGUCAGGGCACUGGUGUGGCUUCUGAUAGCUCUUCCAAUAGCAGUUCCUCCAGCAGUGACAGUGACAGUUCAUCUUCAAACAGCUCUAGUGAGGAUGACAGUGGACAAGAAAGUCUCACUGCCUCUAAGAAAAAGAGGCGUAGAAAAAUGUAA